GCGGUUUUCAGGAACCCUGUGGACCGGGGGCUCCACCAUGGGCAUGUGCGGCCGCAAGGCACUGACCCUGCUGAGCAGUGUGUUUGCGGUGUGCGGCCUGGGCAUGCUAGGCGUGGCCGUCAGCACAGACUACUGGCUGUAUCUGGAGGAGGGCGUGGUGCUGCCCCUCAACCAAAGCACAGAGACACGCAUGGCCCUGCACUCAGGCCUCUGGAGGGUCUGCUUCAUCGCCGUGUUGCCGCCACCAGCUCACAUGUUUGCUUCUCUUUCUCCUGCUCCAGGGGAGGAGAAAGGACGCUGCUUCACUAUAGAGUACAUGAUGCCCACCAACGGCCAGCUGACCUCAGAGUCCACUGUCAGCGUACUCAAGAUGAUUCGCUCCGCCACGCCGUUCCCUCUGGUUAGCCUCUUCUUCAUGUUCAUCGGUUUCGUCCUCAGCAACGUGGGCCACAUACGGCCUCACCACACCGUGCUCGCCUUCGUCUCUGGAAUCUUCUUCAUCCUGUCAGGUCUUUCUCUGGUGGUCGGUCUGGUGCUGUACAUCUCCAGUAUCAACGAUGAGAUGCUGAACCGGACCAAGACCUACGAGACCUACUUCACCUACAAGUAUGGCUGGUCCUUCGCCUUCGCUGCCAUUUCCUUCCUGCUGGAUGAGACGGCGGGCGUCAUGUCGGUGUACCUCUUCAUGAAGCGCUACACGGCCGAGGAGAUGUACCGCCCCCACCAGGGCUUCUACCACCCCCGCCUCAGCAACUGCUCCGACUACUCGGGCCAGUUCCUGCAGGGGGACGUCCCGGACGGGCCGGCAGUCCGUGGCCGCAGCCCCUCUGCCGUUUCCGAGACCUCCAUGCCCAUGAGCGGCUCCUCCUGCGGCCACUACCCCGCCCUGCUGCGCUGUCCCGAGUACCAACACAUGACCUCCUCCCACUGCUGAGCCGCCGCCGGGGGGGUUGCGUUUGCAUGCGGGUGUGUGUGUGAGUAGGUGCGUGGGGGUGUCUGUUUG